AUGGCAUACAUUCCUCCAACUCAGUACCCGCGGGAUGAAAUCCUCGUCCGGGUCGAAGCUCUGAGCGACGAUCUGAAGGAGUCGUUUGCAACUGAAGAGGAGUGGGGGAAAGCGGAGGAACUUGAUCUGUGGAGGCUGAAUAGAGAUUUGAUUAAGAAGAAGAAGGAGGGGUGGGGACAGUGGAAGGGGGUGAUUUAUGAAAUGUAG